AUGCAACGGCGGCGACCGAGGCAGUUUCCCGUGUCGUGUCAGCUUUGUCGUUCGAUGAAGCUGAAGUGUAGCCGGGACCAACCAUGUUCCAACUGUGUUGCUCGCGGUGUUACGUGCCAAAGAGCAUACCGCGGUCCUCUGACGCCGUCGUCACCGGCUCAGCCACAAUCGACUCAGUCCUCGGGCCCUAGUAAUGCAGAGCUCCUGACUAGAAUACAGCGGUUGGAAGAACUCAUCCUCCAAUCACAUUCGGGGGGCAUCCCAUCCCCAAUCGAUAUGACCUCUCGGUCACCAGCAUUAUCAUCACAUGUCUCUGAAGGCGAAGGGGAUUUCAAAUGGCUAGAAGGAGUUGGGCAGUCGGUGAUAUCCGAUCUCUCGAAUGGACUAUCCUUCCGUGUUUCCACAAUACAACAAGCUGUUUCUGGAGAUUCUGGUCUGGGAAACUCCCCAGCCAGUAACUGGCGGCCAGCGGCAUCGCUCUUCGCUCAAUAUACGGAGCACGUGGUAUACUUGCACCACAUUGUUCAUCUGCCCUCCGUGCAGAUACUUAUGGACGACGUUUAUAGGCAAAUUGGCUUGGGUGUCGUUCUUGAACCGAGCCAUGUCGCAUUGCUUCUCAGCAUCUUUUCCAGUACAGCUGUCUUUUUAAGCUCGCAUCCAAGAUCGGCCUCAACCUUUGGUAGUGAGAGAAAUGCCUUUUCAUGUGCUUUCGUGUGGAGCAAAGCUACUCUGGAUGUUCUUGAUCAUUCGCAAAGAAGCUCACAAGGCUCCAUCGAAGAUGUUCAGGCCAUGAUAAUUCUUUCCUUUGUUGUUUUCAACUUUGAGGGGCUCACAGUAAGGUUUCGCACUCUCAGUAGCAACGCCGUCACUAUUGCCCGAGAGCUUUCUUUACAUCGCCUUGAUGCCACCCCUGCGAAACCGAGCCUCUCAAAGGAGAGCUUUACGAAAAUGGAAAUAAAAAGGCGCGUGUGGUUUCAUUUGAUCGCUACUGACAGGCUUCUUGCUCUUUCUGGAGGUCCCCAGGAAGGCACUUACUUGAUUAACCCCAAUCAAAUGCGUGUAAACUACCCACGAAACAUGGACGACGAAGACCUUGACCGUCAAGAACCCGGAUACAGUGUACCCAUGCUCCAACCCACUGCUAUGUCGUAUUCAAUAUUUAGGCUUCAACUUGCGAAUCUUUGCCGUGUCACGGUUGACACAUUACCGUCUGCAUUUUCGAGCUGGAUCGACAUCAGUUACGAUACCAUUAUCACGUUAGAUCAGCAAUUCCAACAUUUUCUUCAUGACCUGCCGUUUUUCCUGCGCCUUGAUGAAGCAAGCCGCAAGCAAAGUCGAGAUAUUGACCGGAAAUAUCCUCAGUUUGUAUUCCAACGCUACAUUAUCUGUAGCACGGCACAUUCCCGUCGUUUCAAACUAAAUCAGCCAUUCUUCACCCGGACCUCGCUUGAUAGACGUUACGAGUACUCACGAAAUGCUUGUUUGCAGUCCGCUCGGGCGAUUAUUGACAUGAAGCGAAAUCUAGACAAUCACGACGCUGGCUCAAUAAUAAGUCGUCUAGCCGUCUUUCUGCAUACUUUUUACCUAGCCACGGCGGUUCUCGUUAUGGACUUUUGCAUGAACAAAGACCAACAGGAUCAUAGUGAGCGGCGACAGGAAGUUGCGAGUGCUUGCCAUGAUUUACAAGAGGCGUCCAAGACCUCCCGUUUGGCUUCGCGGUUCUUGGCGUCAUUCAGAACCAUCCUGCGAAAGUAUCAAGUUGAAAUUUUGCCGGAAGUGUCUUCACAGGCAGUGGCUGGUCCAGAGAUUCUUCCUGGCUCUUCGAUAUCGAAAUUAGGAUUUGUGGAUGAGACCCCAGAUACCAUAUUGGGUUCUGCGGCACAAGACGCUGAGAUCGAGGGGCUGUGGGAAAGCUUCAUUGAUCCCGAUCACGCGAACACUGCAGACACUUGGGAUAGUGUCUUCUCUAUGCUUGACGCUCAAUUGACCUGA